UCUCGCCACUCUCCCGAAGCAAGCAUCCCGAAUUUCUCCCCCAUUCGCCGUCGUUCAAUGGCGACGGCUCGUAGACCCAAAUCCAAGAAACCUCGGGUGGCGGCGGAGGGCGGCGGUGGCAUCGGGGGCCACGAAGAGCCGCCGGAAUUCUUGGCCGGAGGACCCGACCUUAUCAGCGACCUCCCGGACGCCAUCCGCGCCACCAUCAUCUCCCUACUCCCCACCGAUGACGGCGCCCGGACUCAAGCCUUGUCCACGCGGUGGCGCCACCUCUGGGGCAUCUCGCCUCUCAACCUCUGCGACGGCGACAUUAGCGGGUCCAGCCGCGACAUCACGGCCAUCGUCUCCCGGAUCCUCUCCUCGCAUCGCGGCCCCGUCCGCCGCCUCUCCCUUGGCUGGCCCUGGUCCCUCGUCAUGUACCCCGACCUAGACUCCUGGCUCCGGUCCCCCGCGCUCGGCAGCCUGCAGGAGCUCGAGCUGUGGCGCGGGUUCACGCGUCCGGGCCCGAUGCCGCCGGCCGCAUUCCCGUUGUCAUCCUCCCUCCGCGCCCUCGUCCUCAGCGGCGGCUAUGGACCGUUUUGCGACGACGGUGAUUUCCUCAACUUUCCUGCGGAUGACGUGGAUAGGAUGCGCUUUCCCAACCUCAAGCAGCUAACGAUCAAGUGUGUCAUCAUCGCGGAGAGCGCGCUCCACACCCUGCUCUCCAAAUGCCCUGUGCUUGUGAGCUUGGUACUGAGCCAAAAUGUGGGCUUUCGUCGCCUCCAGAUUAGCUCCCCUAACCUUCGAAGCUUUGCUGUUUCGGAUGACCGUCUAGACCUGUGGGAUCCUGAAAGGCUGAAAGAAGUCAUUAUUGAGGAUGCGCCUCUCCUACAAAGGUUCUUCACCCGAUUCGAAAUUUUUUCUGAAAGUGAAGGUCUAUCAGUUCGGAUAUCUGGCGCGCCCAAACUUGAGUUCUUGGGGUCGCUCACACAUGACAUUACAACACUUGAGCUUGAGACUGCUAUUUUGAAGGAAACUGUGUCUGUGAACUCAACAGCGGUGGUGCGAUCAGUGAAGGUUUUGGCUGUGCACAUGUCCCCUCCUAGUAUCGAUGAUGUUAUUGGCCUUAUGAAAUGUUUUCCCUGCUUGCAGAAACUAUAUGUCAAGGUUUCUCUUAAGGAUAGGUCAAAAAGGGUGCAGCAUCAUAAUCCACUUGAUUAUCUCGAAUGCCUUGAUCUCCAUCUGAAGAAAGUAGUAUUGAUGGAUUAUCAAGGGAUGAAGAGAGACGUGGAAUUUACCAACUUCUUUCUUUUGAAUGCUAAAGUGCUAGAAAUUGUGGAAUUAACAACCCAGCGUCGGUGUGAUUCUAAAUAUUUGACUGAGCAGCUUGCAAAACUGCAGUUGAAGAACAGAGCUUCUAAGGAUGCUCAAGUUCACUUUCUUAUGUGUAUUAUUAGCCUUCGCCAUGCAAAUGAUUUUAUGGACAUCAGGCAUCUGCAUGAUAUGAGUACUGUUGAUCCCUUUGAUCCGUCAUUGUGUAGCUGCAGAUGUAUUCAGUUCCUCUAAGCUGGUGUCCUACGCCUGUUUUCUGUAAACUUUAGAAGGUAUCUUACAUUCAGAAGAAAACCAUACUAUCUCUGAUAAGCUAUAUUCUGCUAACCAUUAAUCUAUUGUUGCAGCUAGUGCUUAGAUA